UCAUGGCCAGUUGCUAUGACGACGACGCCUUCCGGUUCCCCUGCGCGACGUCACGUCCGCCGCCGGCCGUUAAGGAAACGUGGCCUUUUUUCAGGCUCUGCUCGGGGAGGGAACAUGGCGGAGAUUGAGAGCCCGCUGGCCGUCGACAAUGCGACCCUCAACGACACCGAAGCCAUCGCCGCUAACGCCACCGGCCGGUUCGUGGCGACUCCGGAAGGUUCGGCCGUGGCCUACGGAAGCCUGGUGUUGAUGGCGCUGCUGCCCAUCUUCUUCGGGGCCCUGCGCUCUGUCAGCUGUGCCAAGUCUAAGAAUUCCUCCGAUAUGCCAGAGACCAUCACAAGUCGAGAUGCAGCCAGGUUCCCCAUCAUUGCCAGCUGCACACUGUUUGGCCUUUAUCUAUUUUUCAAAAUAUUUUCUGAAGAAUAUAUCAACUUGCUGCUGUCCAUGUAUUUUUUCAUACUGGGUAUAUUGGCUUUGUCUCACACUUUAAGAACAUUAAAGGAAAAGAACAGAGUAUUCAAUGAAGAAUGGGAACUGCAGUAUUACGUAGUUGUUACGAAAGAUAAAAUGAUGUGUUUACUCUACGAUACCAUAAUUGCAACAGUGAAGAAAUACAAUGAAGAAAUCCGCAAGUAUUUAAAACGAUGUCAGGACAAGGGACUGACAUCACUUGAAGCAACUGGAAGAAGAGAACUUUCAGUGGAACACUUUUCUGAACUGGCAAAGGUAACUAAUGAACAGGAUACUAGCAAAUCUUUAUGGAAGUGCGAUGUGAAAGAAUACACAGCUGUUCUAGACUCCUUGAUUGAAGAAUACAAUGAAAGGUUUGCAGACUUUGAGAAAUAUGAUCUCACAUUGAAACUAACUUUUCAACCACACCAGGUUGAUGUCUCCAAAGCACCUGAUGACUAA